ACUAUUCCACAGACCACAGUUCACACGUCCCGCCUCUUUGCACCUGACCUGCUCCGGCAUUCCUCCGUUGCAUCUCCUCCACACUUUGCCUUCACCUUCCUUCAGCUAAUUCUCCUCUGGCAGUACAGUAGCAGCCAAUAAUCAGGACUACUGGUGAUCACUGACAGUUGCAGCUUUGCCAUCCGGGCACCCGGUGGCAGCAGUACGGCCGGGUGGCAGGACCACACAGGCUAACAGAUUGAUAUCUAAACGAUCGAUGGAGACGGUCGGCCUCCCUGCUGCGAGCUGGGUGGUGGGCAAGGCGCUGAGCCCGCUGUCCGGUGGCGUGCUGGAGGCAUGGGGUGCCAGCUCCAUGCUCGGAUCCAACAUGGAGGCCCUGAAGAUGCAGCUGCUGUACGCACAGGCGAUGCUGAACAACGUCCGAGGCAGGGAGAUCCAUAACCCUGCCCUUGGUGAGAUGCUAGACAAGUUGCGGCAGCUUGCGUACGGGGCUGAGGACGUGCUGGAUGAGCUCGAUUACUUCCGAAUCCAGGAUGAGCUCGACGGCACCUAUCAUGCCGCCGACGCUCAUGCUGCAGGCUGUGUCCAAGACCUCGCCCUCAACGUUCGCCACACGGCCAGAUCUUGUGUGAACAAGCUCAAGUUUCCUGUGUGCUCGCCUACUGCCAGGCGUGCCGUUCCUGACGAGCAACACGACGGUGGCAAACAAGGAUGCCUCUCAGGGCUCCGCUCGUGUGGCCGGCGUGAGAUCAGCUCCUCCUCACCGCCACCCGCCAACCAGCUGGGUGUCCAGGAAGUUAACGGUGGAUGCAUGCCUAAGGCUGCCCACAAUGUCGGUAAAUACUUACCUUGCUGCUCCUUAUUACCAUCUGUCGAUCAUGAUGCACAAACCGGCAUGGUGAGCAAUUCCAACACGAAUGGAAAUAAACACCGUUUCCGAUUUGCUUGUGCUGGGCCGUCCAAGAUAAAACAGACAAAUCACGAGACAAAAAUACCAAAAUUGAAGUUUCAUAGGGUGGAAAUGUCUAGAAAGAUAUUGGAAAUCACGGAGCAGCUGAAGCCAGUAUGUGCUCAGGUAUUCAACAUUCUUAAUCUAGAGAUAAUGAACUCUAGCCAAACCCCUAACAAAGGCAUUGGUGUGGACAGACCCAAAACCAGCCCACAAAUUAUAGAACCAAAGUUAUAUGGGAGGGAACACCAGAAAGAUAUUGUUAUAGAUGAAAUUGUUAAGGGUGAAUGUUGUGAACUUACCGUGCUUCCCAUUGUUGGCCCGGGCGGUAUUGGGAAGACAACUUUCACAAAACACAUAUAUGAACAAAUGAAGAGCCAUUUCCAUGUCCCCAUUUGGAUAUGUGUCUCUCUGGAUUUUGAUGCAAAUAGGUUGGCAAAAGAUAUUUUGAAAAAAAUCCCCGAAGUUAACAAUGAAAACAAAAAUUGUAGUGACGAAGAGCUUAUCGAACAAAGAUUAAAAGGAAAGAGGGUUUUACUUGUCUUAGAUGAUGUGUGGCAACAUCAUGAGAAUGAAUGGAAAAAACUGUUAGCUCUCUUUAAACAAGAUGGAGCAAAAGGUAACAUGGUUAUAGUCACGACUCGAAUACCCGGCGUGGCAAACACCGUUAAGACAACUAAAUGCUUAGUAGAACUGGAGCAUCUAUGUCCUAAAGAUAUCAAGUCAUUCUUCGAAGAAUGCGUAUUUGGUGACCAAAAACCAUGGGCUGAUCAUCCAAAAUUAUCUGAUGUUGGGAGCAAAAUAGUAGACAAAUUGAAGGGUUCUCCUCUUGCAGCAAAAACUGUUGGUAGAUUACUAAGAAACAAACUUACACUGAACCACUGGAGAAGCGUUCUAGAAAGUAAAGAAUGGGAAUCACAAACCAGCGACGAUGAUAUUAUGCCUGCUUUGAAGCUUAGCUAUGAUUAUCUUCCUUUCCAUCUGCAAAAGUGUUUUUCUUUUUGUUCUUUGUUUCCUGAAGAUUAUGAAUUUGGUAGCGAAGAGUUGGUUCACUUGUGGAUUGGAAUAGAUAUUUUACGUUCAUAUGAUCAGAAGAGAAAAAGAAUUGAAGAUGUUGGACUUUGCUAUUUAAAUGAAUUGGUAAAUCAUGGAUUUUUCAAAAUGAAUAAAAAGGAAGAUGGACGUCCUUAUUAUGUCAUCCAUGACCUACUGCACGAGUUGGCUGUAAAUGUUUCAUCGCAUGAGUGUAUCAGCAUCUAUAGUUCGAACGCGAGGGGCAUACAAAUCCCCCCGACCGUACGUCACUUGUCAAUCAUCGUAGAUAACACGGAUGUCAAGAAUAAAAUGUCUUUUGAAGACUAUGAUGGGAAUUUGACUGCACUAACUAAAUGUUUAAAUGUUGAAAACCUACAUACAUUAAUGUUAUUUGGUGAUUACAAUGGAAGCUUUGCAAAAACGUUUGGUGAUUUGUUUUUGGAAGCUAGAGCCCUUCGCGUCAUAUUUUUUAACAAAGCGGCAUAUAAUGUGGAGGAUAUAUUGCACAACUUUUCAAAACUCGUCCAUCUUCGCUACCUAAGAAUAAAGUCAAAGAAUUACGGGAAAUUGUGCCUGCCAAGUUCUUUGUUUAGAUUGUAUCACUUAGAGGUCAUUGAUCUAAAAGAUGUGUAUUAUUGCUUAAGCACAAAUAGACAUUUGGGCAACCUUGUAAAAUUGCGUCAUUUUCUUGUGUCGAAAAAUAGAUUUAAAUAUCAUUCUGACAUUUAUGGGGUGGGGAAACUAAAAUUCUUACAGGAACUAAAGGAAUUUAGAGUGGGAAAGGAGAGUAAGGGUUUUGAGCCGAGUCAGCUCGGGCCAUUGAGAGAGAUUGGAGGAUCACUUCACAUUUAUAAUAUUGAGAAGGUACAAACAAAAGAGGAAGCAAACGACUUAAAACUGAUCCACAAGAACCACGUAAGAGAACUCAUAUUAGAAUGGGAUGCUAUGCAAUCUAAUAGGGAUCCUGUCCAAGAAGAGAAUGUUCUCGCAAGCCUUGUGCCACAUUGCGAUCUUCAGGAGCUAUGCAUUAAAGGGCAUGGGGGCACAAAUUGCCCGACAUGGCUAUGUGCUAAUCUCUCGGUUAAAAAUCUGGAAUCUCUUUGUCUCGAUGGUGUAUCUUGGAAGAAUCUUCCACUUGUAGGAGAGUUGUGGAUGGUUACUGAGCCCGGUGAAGAGUACCAGGAUUGUAGCAGUAUCUCACCUCCAAGCUUCCAUAAUUUGAAAAAACUUGAAUUAAAGGGAAUAUCUAUUUUGGCAAAAUGGGUCGGAAAUGACACUUGUCCUUUUUUUUCUCACUUGGAAGUGCUCAUCAUUAAAGAUUGCUCUAAACUCAUGGAGUUGCCGUUUUCUCAACCUACUGGCUGCCAAGCGGGGGAGUGGGAGGAGAAAAUGGCUUUGUUUCCUAAACUACAUGAGCUCAUCAUUGAAGACUGCCCGAACCUAGAGUCAUUGCCUCCUAUCCCUUGGCGGGGUGAUGCUCCGUUCUCUGUUAGCAUAGAACGAGUGGGAUCGGUUAUUGAGCAGCUAGCUUACGGAACAAAAUACAGGCUGAAAUUAAACUUGCAAAUUACGGGAAAGGACGGUGGUCAGGGUGAUGUGUUUUGGAAUGCGUUGAAUUUCUCUAAUCUAACAGAUCUAAAAGAGUUGCACAUGAAUAAAAUCCCUCCCCUGCCGCUGGAUGACCUCCUAGUGCUAACAUCUCUGAAGGUGAUCACGAUAUCUAAUUCUAGUAGUGUUUUGCUGCCGGUUGAAGGUGAGGAUCAUGGCAGUUACCAAUUUCCAGUCGAAGACCUCGAGAUCAUAACGUCUGAUACCAGUGGGAAAGAACUGACGCUGCUGCUCUCUUUCCUUCCAAACCUCUCAAAGCUGACCAUACACGAGUGUGAGAAUAUAACUGCGUUGGGUGUGGUUGAGCAUGCCGAAACUGUUUCUGGGGAGCAGCAGCAACAGACAGGAGUUGGAGAGGAGGAACCAAUAACAGCAGCUGCAGCCGAAGGACUGCUGCUCUUGCCUCCCCGGCUACAAGAGUUGUGGAUUGAAGCCUGUCCAAAGGUGAGCUUACUCCCCAAUCCACCGCCCGAUGACCACGCAGAAGCAGCAGCACGAGGAGGAGGAGGAGGAGGGGGUCUCCGACGUCUCCGCUCCCUCCGCUCGCUGCAUGUAUACAAUUCUCCCGAGUUCCUCUCCUCCUAUUCGUCCUCCUCCUCCUUCCCCCCUUUCCCAACCUGCCUGCAACAUCUCACCCUACGCAGGGUGAAGUACAUGGAGACGCUACAGGACCUCUCAAACCUCACCUCUCUCACCGAGUUAACCUUGAACAUACCGGGGGAUUCCAGAUCCGACGGCUUGUGGCCUCUCCUCGCCCACGGCCGUCUCACACAAUUAUCCCUCUAUACUACCUCCGAUUUCUUCGCCGGUUCCGAUCCCUCACGGCCGCAUGACGCUGAGGUUUUUUCCUCUUCCUCCAAGCUCGUUGAUCUGGCGACGGCCAGCAACACAGGUUUCCUUGCCGCGCCCAUCUGCAGCCUCUUCUCUUCCACCCUCACCAGAUUGCAACUCAGUUUGGACAAGGAGGCGGAGCGCUUGACAAAGGAGCAAGAGGAGGCCCUUCAGCUCCUCACCUCCCUCCAGGUGCUCUGCUUUUUGUUUGGGGAAAAGCUGCAGCGCCUCCCUGCAGGGCUACACAAGCUUAUCAGCCUCAAGAAAUUAAGGAUCAUGUGGUGUUCUGCCAUCCGGUCGCUGCCCAGCCUUCCGAGCUCUCUGCAGGAAUUACAAAUCCAGACCUGUGGUGCCAUCAAGUCGCUGCCAAACACUCUCCCGAGUUCUCUGGAAAGGUUGGAGAUCUUCUACUGUGGUGCCAUCAAGUCUCUGCCCAAGGACGGCCUUCCAAGUUCAAUGCAAGAGUUAGUUGUCUGUUCUGGCAACAGUGAGGAGCUCAAAAGGGAGUGCCGCAAGCUAACAGGAACCAUUCCGAUAAUCAGAGCCUGAGCAGUCCAAGGGUUCUCCUUCUGUUUGUAUAUUCUUGUAGCCUCCUAGAAUGCCCUCUCUAUCAAAGAACAGUUUCCGGCUGCCAGCAUGAAGCAUGAUGUUUUCAAUUUGUAUCUUCCAUCGUGCGCAUAAACUGCUUACUACAUGCCCAUUGAGCUUACUGUCAUUCUACUGUUUUGUUUUGUUUGAUUUAUUGCGCUUGCUGUUGAUCAUUUCAUCUAACUAAAUGACCCACCUGUUAUCAUCUACCGUGCAGGGUUCUUCGAUUGGCGUAUUCUUCUAGCCUCCAACAAUCCUCUCUGUGCAAUACCAUGAAGGCAAGAACUGUUCUGCAGGGCAAGCAUGACAGUCUCAAAUUUUAUUUUCCGUCCUGCAUCCUGCACAUGAUGCUGUGGCCAGCAGGGCUCGGCCAUGGAGUUGCCUGUACAUUCUUCCAUCCUUGAAGAAUUCUCUGUAUUCAUGCACUGCUCGCACAACAUAGGUUUCAGUGGUAUCUCCCUGAGCAUAAAUUGAUAAAUAUGGGCUCUGUCUGGGAGUUGUACGUUCUUUUAGCCACUUCUCUCCAUCCAUACACAGUUGGCACAUGAGGGUUUUCUGUGGUAUCUUCAUCCUACGGAUAAAUCUGUAAAUCUGGAGUUGUGCCGGAUUGUGCUCACUGUGCAAUUCUCAAACUCUUAUUGCCUCAUGAGACCUUGGUUAGAGAACUUCCUACUUUCUUGAUUAGUUGGUAGUCUAGCUUUUGAGCAUGCUUAUAACAUGUGAAUUCAUUGCCACACAAUCAACUAAAUGUCAUAAGAGAGUUUUCAGUUGAUACAAAAAAGGUAGAGAUAACUUGUUAGGUGAGUGGUGAACAUUGAUUGAGCAAAAAGGCAUGAGCUUGCUAAUUUUUAUUCAUAAAGCACCCAAGUUAAGUAUGGUGAAGCUGAUUUUAUUCUCUAAUUGAUCCGGAAUAUUUUUUCUGUCCCACCAAUGCCAUAAUGAGAGCAGAUUUCAUGAACCUUUAUUAUUGCAAUCUGAAUUUCAGUGCGUAUUGUUAAGUUUGAUGUUCCUCUAGUCUGAAGUCUUUCAAAGCCAGUCAUUCUUUUUGUGUAACUUAAUUUUUGCUAGCCUCUUUGACACUCGGCAUUGCAUUCCUCCAUCGGAAUAUUGCAUAAUCCGCCAGUGGAAAUAUCCCAAUACCAGAAAUUAAACCAGUUCUUCCAUGUGUUCACACCAUACCUACCUAUAUAGUGCAUCUCUCGCUAUUCCAUAGUAGUUGAUUAUGCCUUAAGAACACUUGUCAGACCUCGAGAAGAUUCAAAAUUGCUUUAUUGUCAUUGACAUCAAUCCUGCAAAUUCUACCAUCAUGAAGAGCUAUAACCAUCAGUGUUGAUGCCUCUCUCACACACAAAUGGAAAAAAAAAUGGAAAAAAAAAUGAAAAGAGAGGGGCACGACCAUUCAAAAGAUUGAGGGUUCAUACUCAAGCAGGAGGAAAUAGUCAUCAGCGCUUCUAUAUUCAUGUCCAGGGGCUAAACAAACUACUACCUAUGCAAUAUCGAUAACAGGAACAUCUUUUGUGUCCUGGGAUCACCUUACAUUGCAUAGGUCUCUCAAUUGUUUCUUUGGCGUGAGUCCGUUCUCUCCCCCAUCCCCUGCACACUAUUUUUUCCUAUGACUGGAAUAUGAAAACUUCUUUGUACUGGAGUUGAACUCUUAUUUAGCUUUACAAUCUAGAUUUCAGAUUUGCUCAUUCUUUGCACUACCUUGCCGAGCUCCAGAUAAGCUUUCCACAAAUAUAAAUUAGAUAGGAAAUACUUUGGGCGCUGGCCAGUCAAGACUAGUACUGUGUGAUGAGAGUAAUUCCGGAUCAUGACGAGGUAACUCACUAAGUACCUGCUCUUGGAAGGUAAAUUGAGGGAAUAAAAUUGUUGGCUACUCUUGUUUUCUUUUGUUCAUGUCAAUGAAGUCAAACAACCUAGUGAGUUGGUGUUAAAAAAACUUAUAUAGCUGUAAUUGGUGAUCCACACUCUGAUACAAUAGAAUCCAUCUCAUAACUCUCCAUUCCCUACUGGCAAUGAAUGAAUGCUGUUAUUUAAGCUUGUGCUCAAUUGUUAGCUUGCUACUUUGAUAAGUUUGUGGGAAGUGUCUCUCUACCCGAAGUUUAUGUGGAUUUUAAUAAUUGUUUGCACAUGAACACUUGUUUGCAAUUUCUCUAUGCAAGAUUUCAGGUAUUUUGCAAGCACGUCGGGAAGUUGAAUCAGAAGACCUGUGGAAAAAUCUGGUCCAUCACUUAUUGUGAUUUGAGACCUCUUUUUUUCUCUCGAUGGAAGAGUCAGCAAGGGAGAAGCUUACGAUGAAUCAUACCUUGUAUUUCUGCUUGUAGCAACUUUCUGCUUAACAAUGAAGAGCGGAUUGGUUUUUGUGACAUAUUCUUUUUCCUUUAGCUUCUGUAGUAGGUUUCUUAUGAUUGGUAUUAAAAGUGGUCAAAAAAAAUUCGUCCGUUCUUCUCAAUCUGGAAAACUUUUUUUCAGUAUAAUGCAAUUCUUUGCAAUGUCUCCA